AUGUCCCUGACAAGGCCAGACUCUAGAAGCAACUCUAACAGUCCUAGCAGUGAGGUCAGGAAGACUCUCAAGCUGUCUGUGAUGGGUGUUCCUCAUCUGGCUGUCCUGAGUGGUUUGUUUGCCAGUCACUACACAGAAACACACUACCUGGAAGACGGCAGCGCGGUCACCGGCUCUCACAACCUCACGAUGAACUGCUAUUACCACGGAAAGGUGCAGGGGCACAUCUAUUCUGACGUCAGCCUCAGUACCUGCUCAGGUCUCAGUGGCUUCAUCUCACUAGAAAACAGAUCCUACGUGUUGGAGCCGUCAACGGAUCCCUCCAGUGGAUCCCACAGGAUCUACCGGUCAGAACAGCUCAACCUCACACCUGGCUCGUGUGGCCAUGGCUUCAACAUAUCGCUGGUUCAUGGAGACACCCAGAACAGCCACAACCAAUCAGACAGCCCCUUCGGAGCCUCCAGCACCAGGCAGAGGAGACAUACCCAGAGCACCACCAAGUAUGUGGAGCUGAUCAUCGUAGCUGACAACAGAGAGUUCCAGAAACAAGGGAAGGAUGUGGAGAAGGUCAAACAGAGGCUGGCUGAGAUCGCCAAUUACGUGGACAAGUUCUACCGUGCCCUGAACAUCCGUGUAGCUCUGGUGGGGUUGGAGGUGUGGAGCGACCAGGACAGGUGUCCAAUCACCCAGGAUCCCUUCACCACCCUGCAUGAGUUCCUGGACUGGAGGAAGCUCAAACUGCUGCCCAACAGGCCCCACGAUAAUGCACAGCUAGUCAGUGGGGUGUUCUUCCAGGGUACCACCAUCGGCAUGGCUCCCAUCAUGAGCAUGUGUACAGCAGAGCAGUCUGGGGGCAUCGUCAUG